AUGUCGUUUAAUCAGCUAAGCUCUUUGGAGGCUCAGCCAACCACUGCGCGACGCUCCGGCGGCCCUGAGUAUCAUGACGAUCCCGAGUUUCAUCGACUCACCGAGAGUCUCUCCAACGAGCUGUUCACAUUGACUUCCAAUAUUUCACGUCUGUCAAAUCAGAUUGUGCUUCUAGGUACCAAGCGAGAUACUGAGCGCGUUCGCGAGCGCGUGCAUGACCUGCUUGAUGAGACCAGGACUGGGUUUAAGGACGCUGGAGAAGACCUCAAGAAAUUGCAAUCUUGGGAGGAUAUCAAUCAUUCCCAAAAAUGGACACAGCAGAAGCUGUCUAAUGAAUUCAAAACCACGCUGGAAGAGUUUCAGGCCGUUCAACGCACUGCGCUAGAGAAGCAGCGGGCAGCUGCUGUUGCAGCGCAUACGGCGCUCGAAGAAGGUGGGCCGACAACGACCGAAGGAGUAUCUGCGCAACAGCAACAACAGCAGCAACUCGAAGAACAGCAACGACUUGCCAAUCAAGACGAAGUCAAUUUCCAGGAAUCUCUGAUCAUUGAGCGCGAGGCAGAAAUUCGCAACAUUGAACAAAGUGUUGGCGAAUUGAACGAGCUUUUCCGAGAUGUAGCGCAUAUUGUUCAUGAACAGGGGGGCCAAUUGGAUAUCAUCAGUGAGAACGUCGAUAGAGUUACGACCGAUGUCCAGGGCGCCAGUAGGGAGCUGCGCAGUGCGAGUAAUUAUCAGAAGGGUGCCAGAAACAAGGCUUGCUGCUUGCUUCUGAUCCUUGGUGUGAUCCUCACUAUCAUCGUCUUGGCUGCCACUCUUGGAUAG